UUUGAUGACUACCAUCGCCUCUUUCCCGAUUCUCCAACUACCUGAGAAAUCUCUCAAAAUAGUGAUUCGAAGUCUGAAGUUGUAAGUCAGAAUAAAGUUCUCCCUCAUUUCAAAAUCUACAAAACGGACAGCAGAAUCGUUGAAUCUUCAGGCUAACCCCUUUUGGCUUAACAUUGAUGGGCAGUAUAACGUCUUUCUAUCACCGAAUUUCUUGGUUCCCUCUGGAAGUUGACCUGAAAACAUUUCUGGAUCAUGUCCAAAGUGUACUCCAUACGGAUAAACUUGAGUCUUUCGUUGUGCGCAGUGAUGAUUACGAUUGGAAAUUAAUUUAUGAAGCUCUUGACGGCUUGGAUAUUCCGAAGACCAAUAUACAAUGUGACUCUCAAAAUGUCUGGCUGCACAAACUUGUCCAUCAGUUUUCCAGACACUCCCUUGAGAUCAACCUUAGGAACUUCAAACAGUUCCGCCCGAUUUUAAGUUCAUACCGCCCGAAAUUGACUAUUUUUGCUGAUUUCACAGAUCUUCUAAGUGUAAACUGUGCACACUUGACAGCGCGCAGAAAUCUGUGUUCGAAGCAAGCGAAUAUUCCUAAAACAUUGGAUAAACGGAGGAUUUUAUGCACUCGAAUCUGUUUUUGUUAUAGUAUACAGAAACCGUGUGGAUGAAAUUUUUAAGGGUAUAAUGCACAAGGAUACAAGUGCAAGUGCAGAGGACUUAGACAUUCUUCCACGGUGGGUUUUGCCAAGAGCUGACUACGCAAGAGAUAUCUACAGAUGUGAUGGAAGACGGGCAACUGUUGUCAUUGAUACUUUAUCUUCGAGAAUGCAGGUUUGGAUCUCGAG